AUGCCAGCACCAGUAAGCCAGAGGGUUGAUAUCAAAGAUUGCCGGAAAGUAUUCCCGCCUCAUCCCUGCGAUUCGAAGCCGCCGUGCGACCCCGAGAAAGAUCCCGAGGGAGAAUGCCUCAAACCCUAUUUGUGUUUUGAGAAAAUCAAAAAUCCGGAAGUCAACGAAGCUACUCGGUGCAAAUCGGGAAGUUUCCUGUCGGUCAUGAAAUGCGCCAAAAUCGAGCCACCCCACCCCUGCGACGACCCCCCACCCAAAUGUACUGAGAAAUGUAAAUACAGAAAGUAUGAAUGUAAUGAACCGCAGCUGUGCGUUCAGAAGAUUAAGAAUCCUGAACUCCAUGGGCCAGAAUGUAUGGAACCUGUUUGUAAAGAAAACGCACCUAAGAAAGAAUAG